AACUUAGUGAUAGACCCUAAGAAUGAGAUGUCCUACACCAUGUGGAAGGAUGUCCCUGUCCCCUUCUUCAUGUCUGUCUAUUUCUUCAAUGUCCUGAACCCUACCGAAGUCCUGGCUGGAGAGAAACCCAUGGUGGAGCAGAGAGGACCCUACGUAUACAGGUAGGACUUCACACCUGACAUCUUACCUCUAACCCUUAUCACUGACCUAUGGCGGAACAGAGGGCCCUUCACCCCUGACCUCUAAUCUCUUACCCUUAGGCCUGCUUGUUUCACAUGGUGGAUUAGAAAGCACCCCUAGUGCACGAUUUAGGGAAAAAGGUGCAACUUUAUAAGGAAUAUGGAACCAUUUUGGCUUUAGUGUCCUGGUGUUAGUAUGGGUAGUAGUGUAACCCAGUAUGUCUUUAGGACUGACAGCGGUGUAUACUUCGGUCCAUAGGCCUGGACCAGUGAUUCCGCUAGCCGGUAAUAACCGGCUUUUGUCCGAGUUAAUGCAUUAAGAAAAAUGUAUUAAUGAAAAGCCGGUAAAAUUAUGCAUUUUAGCAGAUUCAUUGAUUUGAAAUGAAUCAAUUUUUAUUUGUCACAUGCGCUGAAUACAACAUGUGUAGACCUUACCGUGAAAUGGUUACUUACAAGCCCUUAACCAACAAUGCAGUUCAAGAAAUAGAGUUAAGAAUUAAGAAAAUAUUUAAUAAAAAAAGUAACACAAACAAAUAACAAUAACGUGGCUAUAUACAGGGGGUACCGGUUAGUCAAGGUAAUUUGUACAUGUAGGUAGGUGUUGUGAUGAGUUUUCUGGUAUCAAGUAAUUCAGGAUGCAAGAGAAUAGUUAAACACUUAGAUGGAGAGUUGGUUCAAAGUAUUUAAUAUUGCGGUACUGGAUUCAGCAUAAAUUGCCCCGCGUUAUAUGAACUAAGUGUUCUCUGAACUAACUGAACAAAGGAAAUCUCUUAUAGCUUAUAUACUUGUUUGCAAGCUACUUCUAUCCAACAGUUGCCAACCAUUAUUGAGUGUCAAUCUUCACCACAUAUAGGAUCACCCUAAUGGUAUUGUGUUGCACUCUAGUCAGGAUAUUCCAUAACGUACUCAUAAGAUUAGCACCAGUGGCCCCCCAGCUAUCUUGGCCCGCAUACCUUCUGGCACCCACCAGUGACAGAAAGAAAUACAUGGAAUGUCCUCAUCCUCCAAAUCCUUAUGCAGCUCAUAAUAUCUAACAUGAACUAAUCCUUUAUAAAAUACGUAAUAUCAAUCCCCCAUUUUCCACAGAUAUAACAUUACUUAAACCAAACAAACAAAACCUACAAAUUUAAUUCCUAACCUCAUGACAUCAUCCCAGAAAAGACAUUGAUUCAUGACAAUUUGUAAGUUACAUGUAGACUACAAUAUAGGUAGAUGAAUAUAUCCCAAUAAAAAUAACUUCAAAUACAUUCUCAAUUUCUUCAUCCAGAGGAGCCCCAAGCUUUUCUCUGGCCACUUGGGGCGCUAUCUGAUCAACUGAGGUAGUCUUGUUUCCACAUUUCCAAUCCUGUAAACCUUAUAUCCACUGUUAUACAGUUCCAACAUCAAAUUCCCCACUCCCCAAUCAACAUUAUACAAUGGACUCUACACUUGAAUAUCAUGAUAUAGAUGAAGAAUUUUUACUUUCCCUCCUUGCAUUAAUAUUGACUGAUACAUCUCUAGCUGUAAUCACUAAUCCCAUCCUGUAUUUCUGUAAUAUUUCCCAUAGCUUUAGUUAAAUUCCCAAAACCUUCCUAUUCUGAUGGCAAGUAUGUACAACAUGCAUCUCCCCCUAUAAUCGCAUACAUUCCCCCUUUAUCUACUGUAAUAGCAUCCAAUGCUAUGCAAUUAUCAAUUGCAGAUUGUCCAAUGAGUGACAUUUCAUACCCAAUUGCUUGAAAACCCAUGAAUGUUAAUAGGUACCAUGUUCAACUCUGUUCAACCCUGACUCUGUUCCCAUAAUAUGCCUGAGGAGAGAUACAAAGGAUAACACUCUGGUUUCAGUUAGUGAUAAAUCAGUAUAGCCUUGGAUUAGUUAGGCUUGAGGAAAGGUCAGAUCAGAUGAAAAUAACAAACAUUCCUAUGUCACACCCCAUGAUGGGAACCAAUUAAGUUAUUGCAUAUCAACAUAGGGUUACAUCUAUCUUAGUGUUCACUGAUUAACUAUGUUGAUCUUAUAGUUCACUGAGUCUGAAUAAAUGUAACUAUAGUCUACUGAAAAAUCAUCAACAUAUACAAAUUAAUUAUUCAACCCAAAUUUAGAAUGACAAUGCUUAGUGAUUCACAUGGGCCUCAACUUGGCACAUAUCACCACUCUUAGAAUGUACACUUAUAUUACUUACAGUAUAACAAUCCAGAAUGCUACUAUUACUAUUCAAAAUGAAUUGCCCAUGACAAUGUCCCAACUUCAAUGUCUCAUCCGAGUCACCACCAUCUCUACACACAAUGUUGUAUUUGAACAGAUCUCUCUGCAUUCUCACUCAUCGUGGACUCCUGUCCCACUCCCGAGAAAAAAGGCAUGAGAGAAAAGCAGUUGAUAGCUUCUAUUGGCUGUUGUACACCGGUUGCAGGUAGAAGUGGUGCUGUACAGGAACGUCUUCAACGCCUCUGAUGUCCAUCUUCAGCCGAUAUUUAUUUAUUUAUUUAUUUAUUUUUUUUUUUUUUUUUUUUGUGUGAUUUUUUUUUGGAGUUUCACACCAAUCUAGGCCGAAUUAUCCCUGCUAUGCAUCAAUACACCAUCUGUAUUUACCGCAAGAGAAGACAGAACAUAACAGUUUAGUUGAGUUCAUUCCUAAUCCAAUAAAUCCAUAUAAGCAUUGACUAUAUGACAAAUUAUUAUGUUUUACUAAUUAUUCUUAAUACCAAUUUCUAAUAUACAGUGGGGGAAAAAAGUGUUUAGUCAGCCACCAAUUGUGCAAGUUCUCCCACUUAAAAAGAUGAGAGGCCUGUAAUUUUCAUCAUAGGUACACGUCAACUAUGACAGACAAAUUGAGGAAAAAAAAUCCAGAAAAUCACAUUGUAGGAUUUUUAAUGAAUUUAUUUGCAAAUUAUGGUGGAAAAUAAGUAUUUGGUCACCUACAAACAAGCAAGAUUUCUGGCUCUCACAGACCUGUAACUUCUUCUUUAAGAGGCUCCCCUGUCCUCCACUCGUUACCUGUAUUAAUGGCACCUGUUUGAACUUGUUAUCAGUAUAAAAGACACCUGUCCACAACCUCAAACAGUCACACUCCAAACUCCACUAUGGCCAAGACCAAAGAGCUGUCAACGGACACCAGAAACAAAAUUGUAGACCUGCACCAGGCUGGGAAGACUGAAUCUGCAAUAGGUAAGCAGCUUGGUUUGAAGAAAUCAACUGUGGGAGCAAUUAUUAGGAAAUGGAAGACAUACAAGACCACUGAUAAUCUCCCUCGAUCUGGGGCUCCACGCAAGAUCUCACCCCGUGGGGUCAAAAUGAUCACAAGAAUGGUGAGCAAAAAUCCCAGAACCACACAUGGGGGGACCUAGUGAAUGACCUGCAGAGAGCUGGGACCAAAGUAACAAAGCCUACCGUCAGUAACACACUACGCCGCCAGGGACUCAAAUCCUGCAGUGCCAGACGUGUCCCCCUGCUUAAGCCAGUACAUGUCCAGGCCCGUCUGAAGUUUGCUAGAGUGCAUUUGGAUGAUCCAGAAGAGGAUUGGGAGAAUGUCAUAUGGUCAGAUGAAACCAAAAUAGAACUUUUUGGUAAAAACUCAACUCGUCGUGUUUGGAGGACAAAGAAUUCUGAGUUGCAUCCAAAGAACACCAUACCUACUGUGAAGCAUGGGGGUGGAAACAUCAUGCUUUGGGGCUGUUUUUCUGCAAAGGGACCAGGACGACUGAUCCGUGUAAAGGAAAGAAUGAAUGGGGCCAUGUAUCGUGAGAUUUUGAGUGAAAACCUCCUUCCAUCACCAAGGGCAUUGAAGAUGAAACGUGGCUGGGUCUUUCAGCAUGACAAAGAUCCCAAACACACCGCCCGGGCAAUGAAGGAGUGGCUUCGUAAGAAGCAUUUCAAGGUCCUGGAGUGGCCUAGCCAGUCUCCAGAUCUCAACCCCAUAGAAAAUCUUUGGAGGGAGUUGAAAGUCUGUGUUGCCCAGCGACAGCCCCAAAACAUCACUGCUCUAGAGGAGAUCUGCAUGGAGGAAUGGGCCAAAAUACCAGCAACAGUGUGUGAAAACCUUGUGAAGACUUACAGAAAACGUUUGACCUGUGUCAUUGCCAACAAAGGGUAUAUAACAAAGUAUUGAGAAACUUUUGUUAUUGACCAAAUACUUAUUUUCCACCAUCAUUUGCAAAUAAAUUCAUUAAAAAUCCUACAAUGUGAUUUUCUGGAUUUUUUUUUCUCAUUUUGUCUGUCAUAGUUGACGUGUACCUAUGAUGAAAAUUACAGGCCUCUCUCAUCUUUUUAAGUGGGAGAACUUGCACAAUUGGUGGCUGACUAAAUACUUUUUUUCCCCACUGUAGCUGGCUCAUCAUUGCCCAUGAAAGGAAGUUAGGCUAGCGAGCAAGCAUUUUAGCCAGGACAACAACUAAAAGCAUAUAGCCUACUGUAUGACAGUCAUAGACUAUUUUGGCGACAUGCUAGAGAGGAGGAUGGCAUUGGGUGAGUCAACGUUUUUUUUUCUACUUGCGCACAAACACACACACACACACACACACACACACAUCAGUACCAUGGACAGCCACUUCAUAUUUAGCUUACAUUGAUUGGACUAAAUAGUUUUUGGUAUCUUUUCAUUGUCACUGUAUUAGACUAAGCAUAGGUGAUUUGAUGUUGAAAUGGUGCUGGAAUAGUGGAGGCAGCUCCUGUUUUCUUUGCGACUUGCGGUAACUCUCUGUGGUUCCAAAUCAAGUUGUUUUAUAGUCCGAAAAUGUCGGGAACUUGAUUGACCAUGCUGUAGGUCAUGUCAUUGUUUGUUACAUGCAAUAUUAUUUGUGUACAGAUGUUGCUCUACGGUUUUGUGAUGAAACAAAGGUGUGGUUGAAUUUAUUCUUCCACUGUGUCUUAUCGUCUCGGUCUUAGGCCUAUAUACACUAUAUAUACAAAAGUAUGUGGACAUCCCUUCAAAUUAGUGGAUUCGGCUGUUUCAGCCACACAUCCAUGCAAUCUCCAUAGACAAACAUUGGCAGUAGAAUGGCCUUACUGAAGAGCUCCGUGACUUUCAACGUGGCACUGUCAUAGGAUGCCAGCGUUCCAACAAGUCGGUUCAUCAAAUCUCUGGACUGGUGAAAAGCUUGCAGCCAUUGGACUCUGGAUAAGUGGAAACGAGUUCUCUGGAUUUAUGAAUCACGCUUCACCAUCAGGCAGUCCGACGGACAAAUCUGGGUUUGCCAGGAGAACACGACCUGCCCGAAUGCAUGGCGCCAUCUGUACAGUUUGGUGGAGGAGGAAUAAUGGUCUGAGGCUGUUUCAUGGUUUGGGCUAUGCUCCUUAGUUCCAGGGAAGGGAAAUCUUAACGCUACAGCAUACAAUGACAUUCUAGAUGAUUCUGUACUUCCAACUUUGUGGCAACAGUUUGGUGGAGCUUUGUGGAGCUUUGCUUCCCCAGUGAUAAAAAAACAAAUUUUUUAAAUAAAUAAAAUAAAAUGUUUACCCACACACCCCUACUGGCUGCAUACUAACAACAGGCAGGGGAAAUCACACAGGCACAAGGAAAUUGAAAAUGAUAGAAUGGCUCCGGCAGCUUUACUGUACAUUCUGCACAAAGUAGUUUUCUGAUCCAACAAAAGCCUCUGCAAUAUACAUAUGACCCAUGGAAAAACCAAAACAACUUACAGUAUCUUAGUCAGGAUGCAGUGUCUCGUCGAUGGAAUCAGGGCCUUGGUCUCUUACAAUAUGUGAUUACUGCAUGGUUAAAACAUUUAGCUGACUGCUCUGUGCCACGUAUCCGUCUCUAUAUCCAAGAUACGGGGAGCCCCUGGAGGGUUGUUUUUCUUGGCUGAACUAUUGACAUCAGUCGAGAUGGAAGAGGAAUAGUUGGAGGAAGGGAUGAGCAGAGGGGUAAAAUGGGUGAUGGCUGUGCCCCUUUUUAGGAGAGGGGGGACAUUGGUGCUCCUGACAUUGGGAGGAUUUUAGAAAUAGGUUUUUAGAAAUUAACACAUUUAUAAAAAAAUUAAAACAGAUUCAUUUUUUACAUAAUUAUUCAGACCAUUUGCUAUAAGACUCGAAAUUUGAGUUUCCAUUGAUCAUUCUUGAUGUUACUACAACUUGAUCGGAGUCCACCUGUGGUACAUUCAAUUGAUUGGACAUGAUUUGGAAAGGCACACACCUGUCUGUAUAUGGUCCCCCAGUUGACCGUGCAUAGGAGGACAAAUAGAUCGCAUUCUUCUCAUACUUUCACUCUAGGAGCGAGGGAUGAGGAACAGGGCACUCCAUCUUUUUUCUUAGUGAAAGGGUACGAUGGGGUAGACUCGAACCCUAUUCGAGGGUCUUUUCCCUCUCUCUCCUCCCUCUUGCUUUCUCUUACUGUCGCCUCCAGGUUAGUGUUUUUUGUCAUGAAUCGUGCUCUGGAGGCAGUUCUGCAGAAUGGUCACUAGCUGGCCAAUUUGGACUUUGCAGCUGGCCAAUCUAGGGGAAAUUGCUCAGUUCUGCCUCAAGGAUAGGACUCAUCCUAAUAGAAACCGAUUUUAUGGUCAAUCCAGCCUCUGUAUUGGCCGUACAGCAUUUACUGCAAUGUGGCCUCUGCAGAAGUCAGGGCAUUCAUACAUCUUGUGCUUCGCAGAGCUGUUGUCAAGGUAGUGAGUUUGUGUUUGUACAGGAAGUACCGCCCCUACCUACCGUCAACCAAUCAUGUCAAUACGGAGCUAUACGGAGCCAUCCGCAUUGAUACAAAAUAUGGGAGGCGCACAGCGAUGUGGUAUGGAGCUUGAUUUGGCCUCUGCAAGCCUCCGAAGGUGCCGCAUUUGCGUCACACCCUCCAUACGGAGCCUCCGGACUGCAUUGCCGGAUCAAGCAUAAAUCGUCUUUAAACGUCAACCUGCCUGUCUCUGUCUCUUAGCGUCUCUGUCACCCCUGAAUAUCGGACCCCUGUCCUUAUUGCUCUGGCCUCUUUCACCCUAUAACUUAACUAUCCACUGUCUCUCUGUUUUCAAACCGAUCUUCUUUCUCUUUACCUUUCCUCCCUUUCUCUUUAUUCUCUAACAACUUUUCUCCGUUCUCUCCUGUUUUUUGUCUCUGUAAGCUAAUAGGAGCCAGUCUCAGUGGAAUGCCCUCAGUGGUUAAUAAGCGGAACAGUUAUGACCUAGUACUGUUGUGCUGAUGGGAGGAAAGUCUGCUUUUUAGAUCUAAAGUGCUGUGAAAAAGUAUUUUCCCCCUUUCUAAUUUUCUCUACUUUUGCAUAUUUUUUAUACUGAAUGUUAUCAGAGCUUCAGCCAAACCCUAAUAUUAGAUAAAGGGAACCUGAGUGAACAACUAACGCAACAAUUGCAUACUUAUUUCAUAAAAGUUAAGCAACACCAAUGCCCCUGUGUGAAAAGUAAUUGCCCCCUUACACUCAAUAACUGGUUGUGCCAUCUUCAGUUGCAAUGAAUUCAAUCAAACACUUCCUGUAGUCAUUGAUCAGUCUCAUGUUGCUGUGGAGGAAUUUUGGCCCACUCUUCCAUGCAGAACUGCUUUAACUAAGCGACAUUUGUGUGUUUUCAAGCAUGAACUGCUCGUUUAAAGUCCUACCACAACAUCUCAAUUGGGAUUAGGUCUGGACUUUGACUAGGGCAUUCCAAAACUUCAAAUGUGUUGCUUUCUAACCAUUAUAGCAUAAUGGGACCCAUGUUGUUCAAAAUGUUAGACGUCUGUCCAUAGAACAUUCUUCCAAGAGUCUUGAUGAUCUUCCAGGUGCUUUCUGGCAAAUUUGAGUCAACUCUUUGGACGAGAUGGUUCCCAUCAAUGCUGCAUUCCACAGAAAGGACCUCAUACAAACGGUCAAGCUUGGUGGUAGUGUGAUGGUUUGGGAAUGCUUUGCUGCCUCAGGACCUGGACGACUUACCUUAGUAGAAGCAACCAUGAAUUCUGCUCUGAAUCGGAGGAUGUCAUGCCAUCCGUCUGUGAGCUGAAGCGCAGCUGGGUCAUGCAGCAAGACAAUGAUCCAAAACACGCAAUCAAGUCUACAUCAAAAUGGUUAAAAAGCAACACAUUUGAAGUUUUGGAAUGGCCUAGUCAAAGUCCAGACCUAAUCCCAAUUUAGAUGUUGUGGCAGGUCUUGAAACGAGCAGUUCAUUCUUGAAAACACACAAAUGUACAGUGGGGGAAAAAAGUAUUUAGUCAGCCAACAAUUGUGCCAGUUCUCCCACUUAAAAAGAUGAGAGAGGCCUGUAAUUUUCAUCAUAGGUACACGUCAACUAUGACAGACAAAAUGAGGAAAAAAAUUCCUGAAAAUCACAUUGUAGGAUUUUUAAUUAAUUAAUUUGCAAAUUAUGGUGGACAAUAAGUAUUUGGUCAAUAACAAAAGUUUCUCAAUACUUUGUUAUAUACCCUUUGUUGGCAAUGACACAGGUCAAACGUUUUCUGUAAGUCUUCACAAGGUUUUCACACACUGUUGCUGGUAUUUUGGCCCAUUCCUCCAUGCAGAUCUCCUCUAGAGCAGUGAUGUUUUGGGGCUGUCGCUGGGCAACACAGACUUUCAACUCCCUCCAAAGAUUUUCUAUGGGGUUGAGAUCUGGAGACUGGCUAGGCCACUCCAGGACCUUGAAAUGCUUCUUACGAAGCCACUCCUUCGUUGCCCGGGCGGUGUGUUUGGGAUCAUUGUCAUGCUGAAAGACCCAGCCACGUUUCAUCUUCAAUGCCCUUGCUGAUGGAAGGAGGUUUUCACUCAAAAUCUCACGAUACAUGGCCCCAUUCAUUCUUUCCUUUACACGGAUCAGUCGUCCUGGUCCCUUUGCAGAAAAACAGCCCCAAAGCAUGAUGUUUCCACCCCCAUGCUUCACAGUAGGUAUGGUGUUCUUUGGAUGCAACUCAGCAUUCUUUGUCCUCCAAAAAGGCGAGUUGAGUUUUUACCAAAAAGUUCUAUUUUGGUUUCAUCUGACCAUAUGACAUUCUCCCAAUCCUCUUCUGGAUCAUCCAAAUGCACUCUAGCAAACUUCAGACGGGCCUGGACAUGUACUGGCUUAAGCAGGGGGACAUGUCUUGCACUGCAGGAUUUGAGUCCCUGACGGCGUAGUGUGUUACUGAUGGUAGGCUUUGUUACUUUGGUCCCAGCUCUCUGCAGGUCAUUCACUAGGUCCCCCCGUGUGGUUCUGGGAUUUUUGCUCACCGUUCUUGUGAUCAUUUUGACCCCAUGGGAUGAGAUCUUGGGUGGAGCCCCAGAUCGAGGGAGAUUAUCAGUGGUCUUGUAUGUCUUCCAUUUCCUAAUAAUUGCUCUCACAGUUGAUUUCUUCAAACCAAGCUGCUUACCUAUUGCAGAUUCAGUCUUCCCAGCCUGGUGCAGGUCUACAAUUUUGUUUCUGGUGUCCUUUGACAGCUCUUUGGUCUUGGCCAUAGUGGAGUUUGGAGUGUGACUGUUUGAGGUUGUGGACAGGUGUCUUUUAUACUGAUAACAAGUUCAAACAGGUGCCAUUAAUACAGGUAACGAGUGGAGGACAGAGGAGCCUCUUAAAGAAGAAGUUACAGGUCUGUGAGAGCCAGAAAUCUUGCUUGUUUGUAGGUGACCAAAUACUUAUUUUCCACCACAAUUUGCAAAUAAAUUCAUUAAAAAUCCUACAAUGUGAUUUUCAGGAUUUUUUUCCUCAAUUUGUCUGUCAUAGUUGACGUGUACCUAUGAUGAAAAUUACAGGCCUCUCUCAUAUUUUGAAGUGGGAGAACCUGCACAAUUGGUGGCUGACUAAAUACUUUUUUGCCCCACUGUAAGUGGGCAAUUACUUUUUACUUUAAUUGGGUGUUGCGUAACUGCGUUAGUUAAAUAAAUAAAUAAAAUAAGAAUACUUUUUUGUUAUAAACUCCUUUUAUCUAAUUAUGUUUUGGUUGAAGAUCUGAUAACAUUCAGUUUCAAAAAUAUGCAAAAAUAGAGAAUCAAAGGGGGCAAAUACUUAUUCAAGGCACUGUACAUGUUAUAUUUUGAGUGUUGUCCUGUGAUGUAUGCCUAAGUCUAAGUUUGUUUUAGUUCUGGAGGUUUACUUUGGGGCAUAUGGUUUUCAGUAUUUGGAGUUCAACAUUCUGUGGCUCUGAGCCUCUACAUGUGGACCAUUGUGUAACAGUUAGGCCAGUUGGAGAAAAAAAUUGUCUCUGUGGGGGAGUGCAUAGUCAUGGUUUUUCUGCUCUCGAUCAGCAAGUAGGGAAAAAUUGACAGGCUUUACCCCUGCAAGUUCACUCUUCAUUCAGAUCUCCAGUCAACUUUCAUGUAUGAUUUAACAAUCAAUAAAGUAUUCAUAAAUGCCUUAUAAACCCCUUAUAAAUGACUUGUAAACCCCUUUAAAGUUGUAAAGUCUCUCUAUCCAUUUACAUCUACAGUCAGUUUGAGGUUGACCUGGGUUGUGUGGUUGUAUGUGUUUCAGGAAGCGUAUUCAGAAGCAGAACAUCACGUUCCAUCCAAACCACACAGUGUCGUAUCUUGAAUACAGGAGCUACUUCUUUGAGCCUAGCAUGUCAAUGGGCAAUGAGUCGGAUGUGGUCACCAUCCCCAACAUGCUUGUGUUGGUAAGACUGCACUGCUGAGUGCACACACACUCACUAACUUAUUAGAACUGGACUCUCCCUCACCUCUUCCUCUUUCCCCUCUGUCUCCCAGGGUGCGGCAGUGAUGAUGGAGAACUUGCCGUUCGCAUUGCGUCUGAUGAUCAGCACCACCUUUAAGACCUUUAAGGAGGGACCUUUCCUCACCAAGUCUGUAGAAGAGCUGAUGUGGGGCUACGACAGCAAGCUGGUGGACUUCCUCAAUAAAUGGCUCCCUGGGAUGCUACCCUCCACUGGCAAGUUUGGCCUCUUCGCUGAGGUGAGUGGGUGAGCAAGACGGUGGAGGAGAGGAGAGCAAGCCAUUUUAGACGGGAGGGAGGUGCGUGCAUGGGCAGUUUUCCUAUUAUGUAAUUCAUUGACAGACCUUGAAGAGCUAUUUAUAACCUGUUAGAAAUGAACAGUUGAUAAACUAGCCCAUGUUAGCCAGGUAGGUAAGUUAGCUGGUUAGCCUAUCUAAAUCUUGUAGUUAUAGUUGAAAUCGGAAGUUUACAUACACUUAGGUUGGAGUCAUUAAAACUUGUUUUUCAACCACUCCACAAAUUUCUUAUUAACAGACUUUAGUUUUGGCAAGUCGGUUAGGACGUCUACUUUGUGCAUGACACAAGUCAUUUUUCCAACAAUUGUUUACAGACAGAUUAUUUCACUUAUAAUUCACUAUCACAAUUCCAGUGGGUCAGAAGUUUACAUACACUAAGUUGACUGUGCCUUUAAACAGUUUGGAGAAUUCCAGAAAAUGAUGUCAUGGCUUUAGAAGCUUCUGAUAGGCUAAUUGACAUCAUUUGAGUCAAUUGGAGGUGUACCUGUGGAUGUAUUUCAAGGCCUACAUUCAAACUCAGUGCCUCUUUGCUUGACAUCAUUGGAGAAUCAAAAGAAAUCAGCCAAGACCUCAGAAAAGAAAUUGUAGACCUCCACAGGUCUGGUUCAUCCUUGGGAGCAAUUUCUAAACGCCUGAAGGUACCACGUUCAUCUGUACAAACAAUAGUAUGCAAAUAUAAACACCACGCAGCCGUCAUACCGCUCAGGAAGGAGACACGUUCUGUGUCCUAGAGAUGAACGUACUUUGAUGCGAAAAGUGUAAAUCAAUCCCAGAACAACAGCAAAGGACCUUGUGAAGAUGCUGGAGGAAACAGGUACAAAAGUAUCUAUAUCCACAGUAAAACAAGUCCAAUAUUGACAACCUGAAAGGCCGCUCAGCAAGGAAGAAGCCACUGCUCCAAAACCGCCAUAGAAAAGCCAGACUACGGUUUGCAACUGCACAUGGGGAUAAAGAUCGUACCUCUGGUCUGAUGAAACCGAAAUAGAACUGUUUGGCAAUAAUGACCAUUGUUGUUUGGAGGAAUAAGGGGGUCUCUUGCAAGCCGAAAAACACCAUCCCAACCGUGAAGCACGGGGGUGGCAGCAUCCUGCUGUGGGGGUGCUUUGCUGCAGGAGGGACUGGUGCACUUCACAAAAUAGAUUGCAUCAUGAGGAAGGAAAAUGAUGUGGAUAUAUUGACGCAACAUCUCAAGACAUCAGUCAGGAAGUUAAAGCUUGGUCGCAAAUGGGUCUUCCAAAUGGACAAUGACCCCAAGCAUACUUCCAAAGUUGUGGCAAAAUGGCUUAAGGACAACAAAGUCAAGGUAUUGGAGUGGCCAUCACAAAGCCCUGAUCUCAAUCCUAUAGAAAAUGUGUGGGCAGAACAGAAAAAGCGUGUGCGAGCAAGGAGGCCUACAAACCUGACUCAGUUACACCAGCUCUGUCAGGAGGAAUGGUCCAAAAUUCACCCAACUUAUUGUGAGAAGCUUGUGGAAGGCUACCCGAAACGUUUGACCCAAGUUAAACAAUUUUAAAGGCAAUGCUACCAAAUACUAAUUGAGUGUAUGUAAACUUCUGACCCACUGGGAAUGUGAUGAAAGAAAUAAAAGCUGAAAUCAUUAUUCUGACAUUUCACAUUCUUAAAAUAAAGUGGUGAUCCUAACUGACAUAAGACAGGGAAUUUCUACUAGGAUUAAAUGUCAGGAAUUGUGAAAAACUGAGUUUAAAUGGAUUUGGCUAAGGUGUAUGUAAACUUCUGACUUCAACUGUAUCAUGGCAAGAGUACGUGCCCAGGGGCCCCCAUUUUGAUUUUGUUGAGUCACUCAAUUAUCAUAUUGUUAUAAUAUGGGGGCUAGUUUAGGGUUGCCACAUAGAUGGACACUACAUGACCACUUCCACAUUCCAUUCCUAGGGGGCAGCAGCAACUGGGUCAGGUGCCCUGCUCGGAAGCAUUGAUAAGUACAUAGGUGCGGGGUGAUCGGCAAUCAGUGCGAGAGGUGGCCAGAAGCCUCUUUCCCUGCCAGUGGUCAUUUUGUGUUAAUGUUACCUCCUUUAGUUUGGGCACGCCUGUUUAAAAAUGUAUAUCGGCAUCAACUAAACAAACAAUAAUUGCUUGGGCAUACCGACCCAGGAGUCGAGACUGAGCUGGCCCUGGACCCAGGUAAGGUUGCUGUGUCCUGGGGCACACGUGCAUAAAACACUGUUCUCAUAUUCUGACUUCUCACCUAAUUGCACACAUUAAAUCCGGUUACAGACCACGUAGCUAUGCCUAGGACCCCUAGACAUAACGAGUGUAUUUAAACCGGUAGGCUGGCUAAUCGGUUACAUAACAAUAGGAACACCCAAGACAUGAGAAUUGCAUGAAAUUUGCUUUAACUGCAGAAUUCUCUCUCCGCCCAAUGGCAAAAUGUGUAGAAUUGCAGGAAAUGUGCUUUUAAAAAUGCAACGAGGGGUGGGAACUGUUUGAACAGUUUGGGAUCGCAUGGGUUGUGAGGUGGGGCUUUGUUACUACGGCAAUUAAUGACAAUAUCCAUCUGGACCUUUGCCACCUAGGAAAUGUGUGUGUCCGGACCGCAAAUAGUAUUUGCGUACCCCUGAUCUACAACCUGUUUAGGUUGGCUGUCUGGUUUUAGUGAAGGGUCAAAUGUCAAUCUGUGUCCGUUUCUUCCAUCAGUUCAACAACUCAAACACUGGUUUGUUCACCAUCCACACUGGGAAGGAUGACAUCAGGCUGAUUCACAAAGUGGACUCAUGGAAUGGCCUGACCAAGGUGAGAGGUCAGAGGUCACACAUCCAUGUGCCUUCACCUUUACAGAUUGGGCUGAGAGGGGCUGUUGGAAGAAGCAUAGAUGAGAAACUGAAUUGGGCCUCUUUUACAAGGACUCCAUGGAAAUCAAUGGCAACUGUUACAGAGUGGACUAUUCUGGCUAUAUACAUUAAUCAAAAGUUCUAAAAUGUGACUGUAGUGAAAUCCUGAAUCAACUCUUUCAAUUAUGUCCUGCUCUAGAAAGAGAGCUCAUUGUAUAAUGGAUGAUAACCCUCGGUCUCUCUCUCUCUAGUUGACCAAUUGGAAGACUCCUCAGUGUAACAUGAUCAACGGUACAGCAGGACAAAUGUGGCCUCCCUUCAUGACCAAAGAGUCUACACUGCCCUUCUACAGUCCUGACGCCUGCAGGUACAGACAGACAGACAGACAGACAGGCAGACAGGCAGACAGACAGACAGACAGGCAGGCAGACAGACAGACAGACAGACAGACAGACCCUCACUCUUUCUCUCUGUCUCUAAAGGUCUUUGGAGCUGGUGUACCAGCGUGAGGGGAUAAUGGAUGGGAUUCCUCUGUAUCGUUACGUGGCUCCUAAGACUAUGUUCGCUAAUGGCUCAGACUACGCUCCCAACGAGGGAUUCUGUCCCUGCAGACAGUCUGGCCUCCUCAAUGUCAGCAGCUGCAGAUCCAGUAAGUGCACGCACACACACACACGCGCGUGCACGCAGUCACACCCGGAGGCAUGCACAUGUUUUUUUUAGGGCUGCAGGUAGCCUAGCGGUUAGCGCAUUGGGCCAGUAACUGAAUAAUGGCUGGUUUGAAUACCCAAGCCGCCGAGGUGAAACAUGUCUGUGUCCUUGAGCAAGGCACUUACCCUAGUUUCCUCCAUGGGUGCACCCAUUUUCAUUUUUUUUUCACUGCACCCAUUUUAUUUUUUAAAACACAUGGACACAUCUCAGGGGUGACCGUCAUAUACCCUUUUAGUCAUGACCCAGAUACCUUGUCUGAAAAACAGACUGGUUGAGGGGGUAUGACAAGCACGCACACAGAGGAGCCAUGCCGCUGUGCACGCACACAGAGGAGCCAUGCCGCUGUGCACGCACACAGAGGAGCCAUGCCGCUGUGCACGCACACAGAGGAGCCAUGCCGCUGUGCACGCACACAGAGGAGCCAUGCCGCUGUGCACGCACACAGAGGAGCCAUGCCGCUGUGCACGCACACAGAGGAGCCAUGCCGCUGUGCACGCACACAGAGGAGCCAUGCCGCUGUGCACGCACACAGAGGAGCCAUGCCGCUGUGCACGCACACAGAGGAGCCAUGCCGCUGUGCACGCACACAGAGGAGCCAUGCCGCUGUGCACGCACACAGAGGAGCCAUGCCGCUGUGCACGCACACAGAGGAGCCAUGCCGCUGUGUACGCACACAGAGGAGCCUGUGUAAACAGAUGGAGAAACACUUAGGCAUGAGACAACAUACCAUGAUUCACUUAUGUUCCUAAUCUAGCACCCCAUAGAACAUGCCUCUCAAGAUAACAUCCUGUAUGCACUUGGGGCUGAAUUGUAUCUUGAGAAAUGCCCACAUACUGUAUAAAAGUUUUGUAUAAAUCAUGCAUUGAUGUCAAGGGGAGAUUUGAACAAAGUUCAUAGUCAGGAUUCAACCGCUUGUCUCACAAAUACUUCUUACAUAGGAUAUUUAUGAUAAUGAUGAUUGUGAUGUUGUAUUAACAUUGUGUUCUAGACUCCCCCGUGUUCAUCUCCCACCCCCACUUCUACAAUGCUGACCCUGUCCUGCUGGACUUCGUACAGGGACUUCAGCCUACUGAGGGCGAACAUGGACUCUUCAUAGACAUCCACCCUGUGAGUAACAGACAGACACACACACAGCUAGCUAGAUAA